CGCUUGACAAGAUGGCGGCGGAGGGGAGACGGGGCCCGCGGUGCUGCGUCCCGGCGCCUCCCGACUUCUAGGGUGGGCGCGGCUCCGCGUGCGGGCCCUGGGAGGUCCCAGACAUGGGCUCGCCACCGCUGGCGCCUCUGCUCUUGGGGCUCCUGUUUGUGCAGGGCGUGCUGAGGCCGCUGUCGGCGGACCUGGUGUUCAUCCCUUCCUUCAUCCGCAUGUCCGACCCCGUGGUCAGCGCGUCCCUGGUAGGCGACACCGAGGAUGUGGCCGUGUCCCUGUCCCUGCUCCAGGCCGAGGCGGGAUCCCUGCCAGUUCCCGCGUGUGGCCCACCGAAUGACACAGGAGACUGGAGUUUGACUGUGACCCCCAGCGUGAAUGCGCUGGAAGUGACGGUGAGGUUGAGGAUGGGUCCACAGGGGUGUCCCCCCGAGACAGAUCCCUUCUCUGAGUCCCCGUGUAUCGUCCAAACUCUGCUGGUUUCAGCGUCUCACAAUUCAUCCUGUUUGGCACAUCUGCUCAUCCAGGUGGAGAUUUAUGCCAACUCUUCCCUGGGCCGGAACGCGUCAGAGAACGUGACUGUUAUCCCUAACCAGGUGUACCAGCCUCUUGGUGCCUGUCCUUGUAACUUAACCGCCGGGGCCUGUGACGUUCGCUGCUGCUGUGACCAGGAGUGCGCCCCGGCCCUGACCCAGCUCUUCAGGGCGUCCUGCUUCACCGGCGCCUUCGGCGGGGACGUGAGCCCGCUCUCCGAUCAGCUCUGCGCGGCGCGGCGCGCGCCCGGGGCCGCGGACUGGUUCCCGCUGCUGUGCGUGCAGUCGCCCCCCGCCAGCUCGCCCUUCCUCGGUUACUUCCACCGCGGGGCCCUGGCCCCGGGCCAGCUGGCUUCCCCUGACGUGCACUCGCACGCCGAUCCCAGAGACACCUCGGACUUCGGUUACAAACAAGGAGACCCAGUUAUGACUGCGGACAAGGCCUAUCUUACUGUUCCUCAGGUGUCCAUGGCUGGGCAGUGUGUGCGGGAGGCCCCCGUGGGCUUCCUUCAGAAUUUCGACGUCCGGUGCGUCACCGAUGUGGGAGACUCCCGAGAGCAGGAUGGCGCGGUCAACGCCAGGAUAAAGAACGGCGCCGUAGGAGGUGUCAUCACGCCGACAGUCAUCUAUGAGGAAGCAGCUGACCCAGACAGAUUCAUCAGUACAGAAAUACUUUUAAGUACUGGAUCAGCCCCCAGAAACGUGAUUGUGGAAGAACAUUAUGUUUUCAGAUGGAAUAAUAAUACAAUCAGCGACGUACACAUCAGAAUUGUUAGGGCAGAAAUCAAUGCCCACCAGAAAGGAAUCAUGACACAGAGAUUUACAGUAAAAUUUUUAAGCUAUAACAGUGGUAAUGAAAAGGAAACCUCUGGAAACCCAGGUUACCAACUUGGCAGGCCUGUCCGAGCCUUAGAUGCCAACAGGAAGCGUGACAUCACGACCUUACACCUUUGGCAGCCAGCCGGAAGAGGUCUGUGCGCAUCAGCACCUUUCCAGCCCGUGGCGUUCGGGGAGAACGCGCUCUCGGGGUGCCUGUUGGAAGUCGGGAUCGACGAGGACUGCGCUCGGCUCAGGGAGAAGGCGGUGGAAAUACUCGAUUCAUUAACGCAAGCAACUCACGUUGCGAUGCGGGGCGACUCCGAUCACAACGAUCUCAGCGACGGCUGGCUCGAAAUAAUACGCGCGGACGCCUCUGACGCCGGCACCGACCCGUCUGUGGGCAGCGCCAACGGCACCUGCCUGGGUGUUCCCGCUCAGCUGAGCAUCCGCAUCCUCGUCUCGGACGCCGGCGCCGUGGAAGGGGUCGCUCAGCCGGAGAUCCUUGGUGCAGAGGCAAGGGUCUCCUCGGUGAACUGGCAGUUCCCCUGCGGGCUCACCUGUGGGCUCAAGCCCGGCCUCCUCCCUCUCAGCGCCUCGGUGCAGUUCAUUAAGAUACCGGCACAGUCACCACGGCCGCCGACAAGAUUCCAGAUCAACUUCACAGAGUAUGACUGUGACAGAAAUGACGUGUGCUGGCCACAGCUCCUCUACCCGCUGAGCCGGUAUUAUCAAGGAGAGCCCUACUCCGAGUGCGUGGCCAAGGGCCUGCUGCUGGCGUCCUUCUCCGCGCUGGCCGUGCUCCUCCGGGGCCCCUGGCCCCGACGAUGCCGAGUGUGACGUUCGGCCGCCGUCCGAGGCCCUGCAGACCACAGGCUUCUACUUAGGCGAUCUGUUGUACUCCUACGUGCAUUUCUAAUAA